AUGCUGAGAACUUGGUGGUUUUGCCUCGCUGAGAUCCUGAUUAUCACUAUUUGCAUUGCCUUCAGGGUAAAACUCCCUUGUUUGGAUUUGGUUAGGCUUUGCUGGCAAUGUUUUCCUUUGGAGCUUUUCUUUUUUAUAAAGCCUGAUGAAUUUUUGUAUAGAAUUAUAAGAGAGGAAUACAAGAAGUACUGUGAGGAGAGAUAA